AAUAAAGCGUUGGCAGUAGUGCUUGGAAAAGUGGCCAGAGUUUCUGAGACUGGCAGUUCAAAGUUGAGACUUCAGGGAUGAGUGUAUCAGACCGCUGAGAUGAUCAUUGAGGGAAGUGCAGAGCGCAUGGAUGAAGAGUCCGGGCGUCCAGGAGGGGGUCUGAAGACGACACUGGAUGCCAUGGAAGUUCCCAGUCAUGCUAGGCAUCUCCUGCUGCAGCUCAACUCACAGCGCACCAAGGGCUUCCUGUGUGAUGUCAUCAUUGUGGUUCAGAACGCCCUGUUCCGUGCUCACAAGAACAUUCUAGCUGCCAGCAGUCACUACCUCAAGUCCCUCGUUGUCCACGACAAUCUUAUCAACCUGGACCAUGAGAUGGUGAGCCCUGGUGUGUUUCGGGUCAUCCUAGACUAUAUUUACACAGGACGGCUGACCGAAGACAAUCACGAGUCCAGUGCAGAGCCCAACCUGGCUGCUGUGCUGGCAGCUGCAAGUUACCUGCAGCUACUGGACUUGGUGGCGCUGUGCAGGAAGAAGCUGAAGGGGGAUGGGAGGUAUCAUUUGCACCCACCUGGAAGGAUAGCACCUUAUGGGAAGAUCGGAGGGGAGGCUCGGUAUAGGACAUCCACUCCUGUCAUUCAGUCCUACUUUCCAGGUGGUGUGGUCAAUACCUGCCUGCCACAUGACCUGGAGGAGCUGACAGCCCACUCUUUGCCGACACAAGUGGGAGAGCUGUAUGCACCGCACCCCUCCUCUCAGGGCUCCCAGGCUCACUGUACACCCCAGCUGGCCCUACAGCCUCAGCCCACAUUACAUACUUCUGCUUCUGAGAGUGGCCACUCCCCUUUCUAUGGGCUGGACCUGUCCAAAAAGAGUCCUGACUCUCAGUCCCAACACAAAUCAUCGCAUCCCAACAUGCCGCACGCGCUCCCAGGGCCUGACGGGAACAGCGGUCCAGGUAAAGACUCUGAUUUGCCAGCAGAUGCAGAAAGUGAGGAGAGGGCAGAGUUACUCUCCAAGAAGUUAUCCCAACGCCAUGCCAAUUCGCAGCUUACGGCUCGUCUCCCUCAUCUUUAUCGCCCUCGCUCCUUUGGCCAGGACUCCUAUGCUGGACCCCUCAGCACCGACGCCAAUGCGGCUGGAGAAAGAGGAGAGCUGGAUGGUGUGUAUCGCUGGGUGAAGGAUGAGCCAAUAACUUCUCCUCUUGAGGAUGAUGAAGAAGACGACGAAGAAGACGACGACGAUGAUGAGGAAGAUGAGGAGGAUGAGGUGCGGGAGGUGCGGAGGCAGGAGAUCAACCACAGACCCCGUCAACACUUUAAGAAGGUUCAGGACAAGUUGGGUGCAAGCGGUGACGACGAGAAGAGCGGAUCAGCUAGCGAGGAGACAGGUAGCAGUGAAGAUCGGCCCUCCCCUACAGAGGCGAUGGAAAGGUUUCGCGUGGCCUUCGAGCCCGAGAGCCUGGGGGACAACCUGUACGUGUGCAUCCCCUGUGACAAGGGCUUCCCCAGUUCCGAGCAGCUUAACGCCCACGUGGAGGCGCAUACGGAGGAAACUAAUCUCGACGAGGGCCACGCAGAGGAGCUACCGUUCGGCCAAGCAGGGCACAAACUGGCACGCGCCAAUGACCCCAGCAGUCCCGAUGGAAAUGGGGGCAAGGAGGAUGGCCGCGGUGCUGACGGCUUGUCCUACCUCGAGAGCAAGCUGAGCCCCGAGACUCAGGCUAUAGUGGUGACCAGGCUUGGCGAGAGCCUGCGGCCAUACCGCUGCACUUCCUGCAGCAAGUCCUACAAGGAUCCGGCUACGCUGCGACAGCACGAGAAGACACACUGGCUGACGCGGCCCUACCCCUGUAACAUCUGCGGCAAGAAGUUCACGCAACGCGGCACCAUGACUCGCCACAUGCGUAGUCACCUGGGCCUCAAGCCCUUUGCCUGCGACGCUUGCGGCAUGCGCUUCACCCGUCAGUAUCGGCUGACGGAACACAUGCGCAUCCACUCGGGUGAGAAGCCCUACGAGUGUCAGGUGUGCGGGGGCAAGUUCGCUCAGCAGCGCAACCUCAUCAGCCACAUGAAAAUGCACGGGGUGUCCGGUGCCGUGGGGGUCGAUGGGCGACCGAGGGAGGAGCUCCCGGAGGGGAUCCACCACCUGAGCCGCUACGCGGCGGAGCGUCUGGGGUUCAGCUCGGAGAGAGCAGCUGAGCUGCUAGCUCAGGCCUCCCAGCACCUGCUGGCCGAUGACAAAGUCCUGGAAAGCCUGUACCCGCUGUCCAAGCUGGCCGUCCCGCACUUGGGGCUUCUCCACAACAAGAUGGAUGUCCUGAGGCUGCCCCUGGCGCCUCCCUCCGCCGAGGCCCACGCCAUCGGCCGUUACUCCCCUGGCUAAAGCGGGGAGCGCGCCUCUCACCCGGAGCUGUGCCGGAGGCGGCCGUGCCGAGCUGCAGCAAGCGUCCGCUUCGGAGGACUUUUGUUUUCGGCGGCUGCGCACCAUCGUGUUUCUGUUUAAUUUUGAGGAAAGAGAAAGCAGGAGAACCACUGAAAGUGCCUUUGUUAAAUGUCUGCAUCAUGCGCACUCGAGCACGUGUUCACUAAAUGCCACGCUUGCCUGCGGACAUGAGGCAGCGCGCAAUCGUCCGGUGGAGAAAGGGAAUCCUUGACAGUUUUUGCUGAACCGUUGAGCCAAAAAAGAAACCAAAAAAAAAACCCGGCGAGGAAUUGUUAUUUACACGUCCAGAGUCCAAAAAAUUAAUUUAGGAAGUUAUCGCAAAUGUUUCCCAAACCUGUGUAGUGUGUGACGUAUGAAAUGCGGAAAGAGUGUCGAUACAGAUGAUUUAGUGAUUUUUUUUUUUUUUAGAGACAAGAAUGAACUCUGGCAGUAGGAAUCACCCAACCUUUCGGAAUGCACAAUGUAUUGAAAGAUCUUCUUAUUUUGUUAGUUUGUUCGGAGCUGUCGGUUUUACGCUGAGGUGGUGUUGUUCACACUCCCGAUCCAGACACCAGAAAAUUUUUAAAAAACUAUUUGGUGUUGGGGUGGAGAGUUCCUCAUCAGGCAUGUGUGAGGUAAUGCUCAUUAAAGCACAAUCGCAGGACCUGUUGCAAUUCUUUGGUUACUUCCACCGAAACCCGGUGACAGUCUGGCUGCGUUUACAGGACCAGUCCGCAAUUGUGCUCCUCUUUAUCCGGAAAGUUCUGAACGUACAUGAGAUUGGCUCUCGCUCUCACUUUGUUGGCUGUAUUCCCUGGCAGAUCUGUUUGCCCCAAUAGACUUGUAAUCUAAAAAGAAUCACAUUUUUCCCAAAAGUUUAUACCGUCUUACCUCAAGCCUGCAGCCCUCGCCAUCCUUGUCCUUUCUAAAAGCGCUUAGUCUGGUGUAACUGCUAGACCUGGCAACUUGCGCAGCCAUGGUUACAGCAGUAUGUGUGUUUGCGGGGACCCGAUUUGAUACGUUUAGUCCUAAUUCAUUGCUUAGCUGAUGGUUUUAUCCAAAAUAAUAACAAAAAAUAUUUUACCCACCUAUUCAGCUUCAGAUCUGUUCAGGGUGAGUGUCUUUCUAGGGGAACAAACCAGGAAUGGAUCUUCAAUCCCUAACCUCAGGUUACAAGUCCAUGUCCUUAACCAGUAUGCUGUUUACCAACGCUUAUUAACUCUGUCUUGGGUUAAAUGUCUUGACCUGAGACAGGGACAUGAUGAUUAGACAUCAACGCACUGUGAUGCUCCAUUCCGUGUGUUGAGGUUAAGGGUGAUGUGUAAGGACUCUUUCAUUAUUACGCAGGUGGUGCAGUUUUAUCUCCCGGCAAAGAACAAAGUGCAGUGUAUGUUAUUAUGUAUACUUAUGACUGUUGCAUCCAGUAUCAUUACCAGCAAUUUCUUUGUUUGGGUAUGUGUUUUGUUUCAUUUUAUACACAUACAACAAUACAUUUGUAGAGGAACGUAUUUUUACAUGAAAGAAUGUAUUUAUAUUUUUUAUGAAAAAAAAUGUUCAAGGACCACAUGCUGUGCCUCCUGUUACCAGUUUCUGUUGUUAUACUGAUCAAGAGUACAUUUAUAAUAUUGCAGCUGUGAUUUUGGGGCGAUUUACCACUGUUUGUUUCCCCUGUAACUACUGUCUUUCUCAUUCGGUGGGCACCAGGAGAGGGAUCUGCACCCGGUGAUAGUGGGCCGUGGGGUACCUGAUUAACUCCCAGGGUAUGUGGGUAAAUUGAUGUGUGCUCAGUGGCACAGCCCUGGGAUGUCCCCACCAUGCAACAUCAGCCAUCUGUGAGAAGGAGAACCAAAGAUCAUACAUUGGUCCAUAUUUGCUUGAGAGGGUGACACCUUUUUUUUAACCUUUAUAGCAACAGGGCACAGGUGGUGCAGCGGGUU